UUGAAAUUCAGUUUUUAGCUUUAAGAUAAAGAUGAUAAGAAGAUAAAUUAAGUAAUCUUUGCAUCAUUUUGUUACUACUGACUACCAAAAUGUUUUUUUUACCGAAUCGAGGCAUAAUUUACCAAAUGUAACUAGAAUAUUGCGGGGGUGCAGGCCCGUAGCCCCCAGUAAUUUGCGAAAAUUGUGUUCGAAGAUCUUAAAAGCGCAGCUUGAUCUAACAGUAUUUCGUAAGGCAGGUAUAGAAAAAGCUAUAUUUCUAUCCAUGCCCCCCAAUCCAGUUUAGCCAUCUAUGGGCCUGGGGUGUCGCACCCCUCACACCCCUGGUUACCCUGGGUACCAGAGCCGCAAAAAUUAAAAAAUAUCAUUAUUUUUUAAUAUUAUUUUUUAAUUUUUGCGGCUCUGGUACCCAGGGUUAACCCUGGUAAAUCCGUCCCUGUAUGUGUGUUUAGGUCUUUGAUCAUUAGGGCCACUCAUGGACCACCCUUGGACGCGAGGAUUGCGGGACAUAUACCAGAUUGGAGGCCUGCAGCACUUUUGCCAGGUCACUUUUUGUCUUGUCUUGUACUAAGUGUUGCAGAUUAGUUUCAUUUACGCAAGAAUGAGUGUUUCGAUGCAGUUUGUAUCUGCUAGAAGAGGGGAACACAUGCUGUCAACACAGCUAUGGUUUUAAGAACAUUUUCGGAAUUGUUGAAGGAGAAGACCCCGUUGACCUUCACUACCCACCUCUGCUACCCAUAGGCACCGCGGAGCAUUGAGAAAAGUGGGGAGUUUCAGAAAAUUGGGGAGUCUAAGAAAAGUGGGCUCCAAGCCCGCUUCUCUGUGGUGUCUGCAUGGUACCCGGAUUGACGUGUGAAAAGUUUCUUCAUUGUUAUUUUUGCUUUUCAGUGUUAACUGCUUAUUUUCACUAACAAUGCACCAAGAAUUUCCCACGAGAGUCAUACCCAUUGUCCGCAACAGUUCUUCAAAUCCACCCUACUCUGACUUCCCUCGUCGCUUGAUUGGAUGCUCAUUGUGAGUAAUCUGGCAUCUCUUCUACAUUACUCCUCUAGAAAACAGCAUUUGAAUACAAAUGUAAUGUAAUUUUGAAUGCCAAAUUUCGAUAGCUGUUUACAGCCUUGGGAGAAGACAAACACUUUAGGUCUUUGGAAAGUCAACUUUGCAAAGCAUUCUUGAAAAAUGGCGCCGUGAUUCCGAAUUUCGAUGAGUUCGAAGAAUGGCCUAAAUCAAUAAUUUCUUAAUGAGUAGAGCAUGUUACUCGUAAGAGUAUGAGAUUCAAGCUUUAUUUGCGAAACAUCCAUGUUCACUGUCCCUGAAUGGGAAAAACCGUUGGUGGCAUUUCACGAAGCAUUUCCUCCAAUGCUAACUUCGAGGUGCCACGAAGAUGCAAUCAAGCUUCCAUCCCUUGCAUUAGCAGACACAAGACCUGUGGAUAAUUCGUGGUUUCAAAGUCAGCAGUGGUCACCUAAUAAGGCUGUAAAUCCAAGUCAGAUAUUCAUGAAAAGACGAGCGACAAAGUCCAGGUUGUCACAUGAACGAAACAGGUGCAUAAGGAGGCUGCAAUCAAAUGUCUGUCAUUACAGCUACAAACUCCCCAGCGACGUUUCUGUACCGAUGGGCUGCUUCAAUGGGGUCAGUGCUAGUUUGGAGUGGAACAUGGUUAAAGACAAAGGAUUUCAAAAUACAGUAAAACGUGAGAUGGAAACCGAACUGAGCUGCACUGAAAAUCACUACCAAAGAGCUCAUUUGGAAACCAUAAAAAAAGAUUCGACAGCCCGAAAAGGAAACCUUAUACAUCAACCAGGAACAUUUCCAAAUCUACUUCUGCCGAUUCUUCCUUGCACCCAAGGAGCAACUACUAAUGAUAUGAGUAGUCUUCAGAAAACACCAUGCUCUUUGAACCAAUUGCAUCAGCAAAUGCAAGCCUCAAUGGCUACGUGCAAAUCAGCACUGCCGCAUCCUUACGUUGAUCACACAAACACACAGAUACAACCGAUUCCAUUUGAUAUGACAUUUGCGUCGUCCAACGCUUCUUCAGUAUCUUGCGAGUCACCAGCCGUCUUCAAAUACGUGAACCCAUAUGCAAUUGCAGUUGCCCCACAACUGGAACAAGGAAAUAAUAGCAUGAGCUGCAAUCCAAAGAUAUAUCAAGCACGGAAAACAGGAGAAAUCUUAAAAUGGUCAGUUUUUCAGAAGGGAAGAAGCAGAACAGAGACAGCAAAGAAAAUCAAGAGACUAGGAAAGGUACAAAGAUCAACAGACAGGAUACGUGAACGAGCAAUACAAGAAAAGCUCAAGACAUUGAUUCAAAUUCUUCCUUACGAAGUUUGCAAAGCCUCUCGGCCUUUAAGACAGACCAUCCUUCAAAAAGCUGCAGAGUACAUAGAAACCUUGGAAGAAGAUAUCAAAAUCAUGAAGCACAAGCUGUCUCUUUGUUCUACACAGGGGUCAAUUGCCUCAAACGCUCAAAGUAGUUUCAAUCGCACAGGAACCUACUCUUUGGCGGAGGACAGCCUCGAAGAAAGUCUUGCAAGGAAAUCUUCGCUUAGUGAGUCGGUAAACACGCUAACUGGCCCAUCUUCUCGAAGCGAAAUUUCUGCUGAAAAUACUAAUUCUUUGCCGAAGUGUCAAACAACAAGUGCCGUCAACCAAAUCGAGCUUCAAAGGGAGGGCAAAAGCGACUACAGCAUAAGUACCCAAACAUUUUCAUGCAUCGAUACAAGCAUAGCUAAAUCUGGGCAUAAUCACAGAUUUUCGCAAGUACUUCAAGGAAACAUGGAUUCGCGUCCGAAUAAUAAGACUUACGGCUUGCAGCAGAAACUAAUUACUCACAAUGAAAAGAAAUCCUGCGGUUAUUGCAAUGAUUAUUGCAACAAAUGCAAUAAAGAAUUGCCUCAAAAAUACCCUUCUUCAGAUGGGUUUAAUUUAACAGCAACAAAUGGAGGCACAGUCACCAAUGCAGCUGACGAAAUUGCCUAUUUAAAAAGGCCAAUGAAUCCAUUCAUUCUAUUUAGCAAAGACUAUAGGUCUACAAUUUCGCUGGCAUAUCCAGACUUGGACAAUCGUACAAUAAGCAAAAUACUAGGGAAACAAUGGACAAUGCUGCCCAUUGCACAAAAAGCAGCAUACAGAAAAAUGUACAAACUUCAAUUCCAAGCACUUAAGUCAAGAUACCCAGAGUGGAACUUCUGUAGCUACAAAAAUCGACCAAAUUACGUGACAAAGGAUCAAAAAUGCAAACAGAAAGUCCGUAAUCAAAAGUUUGAGGCAACUGAAUACAAAGAAGACAAGAUUGAGCCAUUUACUGACAUCAAGGAAAAUCCACAAGAAACGUCGGAAGAAACUCUGGCCAAAAAGAAUCACGGAGAUGCAAUGAAACAAUGACACUCGCUAAAGGCAAGAAGACAGAAAUUUCUUGGAGUCCAUCAAAUUGACUGGCUGGUUGACACAAAGUCUUUUACACCGAGGAAAAAAUAUACAGUUUCUUCUAAGUACAGCAUUUGAACGAAGGGGGAUAUGUUGACAGAAAUGUGACGGGUAUCCUGAGAUGAGAUUUAUUUUUUCUUUGUAGUUUUCUUGGCCUAGAUGGCGUGUAUGUGUAUAUUACAUAAUCAGUAAGCGCAUCAUUUACAGCAGAAAAUUUAAAUAUUCAACAAAGUAACAAGAUGAUAGCAUAUUGGGCUUGAAAUGUUUAGGCGUUGAUAUUGUGUUUUUAUCAAAUAUACUCGCCUCAAAACCAUAUCGCUGUGAAUGUGGCAACCAACUUAAACAUCUUGCGUCAUCUUCACACAAUACCCAAAACAAAUGAUUUAAAAUAGUUAACUGUUUUGCAUUAGGUCCUGAAGUUUGAGUUCACUUGUACCUACAGUAGUUCUGUCGUUCUGUUGCUAUUUUUUUAUUUUUUAAUUUUUGCUGGUAUUUAUUUCUUGAGUUUUGUUGAAUUCUAUCUUAUAUUAAAAACGUGUAUGUCCUGUCAGUCAACCGUUCAGUGUUAACAAUAGGCUCUGGAGCGCGUGUAUGUUCGAGAAAACAAUGCGAAUCAGCCUUUCACUACCGAUUGGAUAAGUAACAAUAAGUCCAUUGUGUAUUCCAACCAAUGGGAAAUGGCCAGUGAAAUGCGUCGGAGCAUAGUGCCUUCAAGAGGUAGUGGUCAAAGAGUAGUAGCUAAUAGUGAACAUAUUGGUCAAACUCUGAGCAUACCAUCAAUGCAUUAAAUUCAUCACCUGGAAACUGUGAACCUGUCGAUAAGCAGCAAAAUUAAUGUCUUUUUUCUGUGGAAACAUGAUGUGCAACAAAACGACCAGUCUCUACUUCUAGAUUAUGAGGCUCAAGUUUGAAAGACAUCGUCUUAUAUCAAGAUCUGUACCACUUACAUUAAGCAACUCUUUAAAGGCAAUCUGUCACGACGUUGAUUGAUUAUAAGAGCAAAGGGAUUUUUAUUGUUUCCAAUCCCCUUUAAUUUACCGCAUUGUAAAAAAUAUGGCGGAGCGCUGGAAUUGUGUUUAGGCUAUUGUUCCAGCUAUUGUUCUCGUUAACCAAUCCACAACGAGACAGAUUCCCUUUAAACUUGUUUAUAUGUGCGUAAUAUCUUUUUAGCUUAGUUUGCGAAAUUGCAAGUAUGUAACAAUGGGCAACAACAUCUACGAAGUGUAUAUCCUUCAUCCAAACAAUACCUUCAAAAUGGAUUGCUUAAAGUAAUAAUUAAAAAGUAUUGUUGGGGGAUGAUACUUCAAAUUCCAUUGUUUUAUCUGUCUUCUUGGCAG